CCCCAUUUUACAGAUUAGGAAACUGAGGCCUGGCCAAAGUCUGACAGAGAUCCUGCUGUACUUGAAUAAGGGAGUCUGACUCCUUGCUCCUAUUUUUAUCUGCCAGAGACUUCGAAGACAGUGUGGUCUCUAAAAAGUGGAAUAGGAAAACAAUUCUGGGCUAGCCAAAUUAGAGAAUUCUAGAAUGUUCCCAAGUUAGAAUCUUGGACUUAGAACUUUCCAACAAUUCUCAAGUUGAGGGAUUCCGUCUGUGAAGAACUUUAAUUACAAUCUCAAGUUCCCUAUAUCUUCGGAAUGGACGGCUCUUAGAGAUAGAAAGGACUUCUCAGAAUCGUUAACCUCCUCCUUCCACUGUGGGGAAACCGAGGCCCCAGGAGUGGAGAGGAUCAUCGCCCAAGGCCACACACUCCCAGUACACCCAAAUGAGCCGCCAGCUCCAACAGGUUCUGUUUCCGUGGUUUCCCAGAUGAAGGCUGCAGACAGCAUGCCCCAGCCCGCCCUGCUGCCCACAUCUUAUGGCCAAAGCUAAGAGAUGGAUGUAGCAAGGAGGUGACAGGGCUGUCAGGCGUGGCGGCUACCAUGGGGAUGGAGAUGGGGCUGGCUUGACCGGUUCCUGGUGGCCUAGGUCCCUCCCACUGGGCCAGUGGCCACAACUGCCCAUCCAAUCCCGGCCACCUCCCUGUUCCUCCUCCUAACAAUGGGUCAGUGUGAGCCAGGCCUCCUCUGGAUGGGGACUCUUGAGGAGAAGAAACUGAGCAGUCACUGCCCUCUGGGACUCCUCCAGUCUGGUGGAGAGGACAUAGGAUUAGCAAGUUAGAUCCUGAUGUGAAACCCAGCUCUACAGACUUCUUGCAGGGUGAACUUGAACAAAUCUCUCUGUGCCUUACUUUCUCAUCUGCUAAGGCGCUUUUGACCAUGGAAUGAGGCGCCCCGCUCCAGCCGGCACCAUGGACAGCGAGGCAUUCCAGAGCGCGCGGGACCUUCUGGACCUGAACUUUCAGUCGCUGGCCAUGAAGCACAUGGAUCUGAAGCAGAUGGAGCUGGACACGGCAGCGGCCAAGGUGGACGAACUGACCAAGCAGCUUGAGUUGCUGUGGUCAGACUCGCCAGCUCUUCCUGGCCCGCAGGCUGAAGUCCCCCCUAGGCUGUCCCGCUACAGCUCCAGCCCGGUCCCCGAGCCUCUCGGCAGCCGAGGGUCCCCCCGGAAGGCAGCCACGGACAGCGCAGACACCCAGUUCGGACGCUCCGAGAGUGCCCCGGCCCUGCACCCCUACAGCCCGCUGUCCCCUAAGGGCCGUCCAUCGUCUCCGCGCACCUCGCUCUAUCUGCAGCCGGACGCCUAUGGUAGCCUGGAUCGCGCGCCCUCACCCCGGCCGCGCGCCUUCGAAGGCGCCGCCAGCCCCCUCGGCCGUGCGCCCUCCCCGCGGCCGGGGUCAGGCACGCUCCGUCAGCAAGGUCCCCCCACGCCCUUCGACUUCCUGGGCCGCGCGGGCUCCCCGCGUGGCAGCCCUUUGGCGGAGGGGCCCCAGGCCUUCUUCCCCGAGCGCGGACCCUCCCCGCGCCCGCCUGUGGCCGCCUACGACACACCGUCGGCCUUCGGGAGUCCCCUGCUGGGCGCGGGCGGCAGCGCCUUCGCCCCGCCUCUGCGCGCGCAAGACGACCUGACGCUGCGCCGGCGGCCCCCGAAAGCCUGGAACGAGUCUGAUCUGGAUGUGGCGUACGAGAAGAAAUCUACGCAGACCUCCAGCUAUGAACGCCUGGACGUCUUUGCGCGGCCCGCCUCGCCCGGCCUGCAGCUGCUGCCCUGGAGAGAGAGCAGCCUGGAUGGGCUGGGGGCCACCGGCAAGGACAACCUCACCAGCGCCACCCUGCCCCGCAAUUACAAGGUCUCGCCUCUCGCCAACGACAGGCGUUCUGACGUGGGCAGCUACCGCCGCUCGCUGGGCUCCGCAGCGCCGUCAGGCACUUUGCCCCGCAGCUGGCAGCCUGUCAGCCGCAUCCCCAUGCCGCCCUCCAGCCCCCAGCCCCGCAGGGCCCCUCGCCAGCGCCCCAUCCCCCUCAGCAUGAUAUUCAAGUUGCAGAAUGCAUUCUGGGAGCAGGGGGCCAGCAGGGCCAUGCUCCCUGGGUCCCCCAUCUUCUCCCGAGCACCCCCACCUAAACUGCCUCCUCAGCCCCAGCCGGCCCCCCAGACCCAACUGCAGCCCCAGCCACAACCCCAGUUGCCCCCCCAGCCCCAGCCCCAACCCCAGCCCCAGCCUCAGCCCCAGCCUCAGCCCCAGCCUCAGCCUCAGCCCCAGCCCCAGCCCCAGCCCCAGUCCCAACCCCAGGCCCCAGCCCACCAGGUCCCUCAACAGACAUGGCCACCGGCAAAUGAAGGCCUCCUCAAACCCCCUGCCGAGACAGAGGCUGAGCCAGAGCUAGAGGGGCUGCUGACACCCGUACUGGAGGCUGGCGAUGCAGAUGAAGGCACUGUAACUCGGCCCCUCAGCCCCACGAGGCUGCAGCCAGCACUGCCCCCUGAGGCUCAGUCGGUUCCUGAGCUGGAGGAGGUGGCACGGGUGCUGGCAGAGAUUCCCCGGCCCCUCAAGCGCAGGGGCUCCAUGGAGCAGAGCCCUGCCGUGGCCCUGCCCCCCACUCACAAGAAGCAGUACCAGCAGAUCAUCAGCCGCCUCUUCCAUCGCCAUGGAGGGCCAGGGCCUGGGGGGCCUGAGCCAGAGCUGUCCCCCAUCACUGAGGGAUCUGAGGCCAGGGCCGGGCCCCCUGCUCCUGCCCCACCAGCUCCCAUACCACCCCCAGCCCCACCCCAGAGCAGCCCAGCAGAGCAGCCACAGAGCAUGGAGAUGCGCUCAGUGCUGCGGAAGGCGGGCUCCCCACGCAAGGCCCGGCGGGCGCGUCUCAACCCGCUCGUGCUGCUGCUGGACGCGGCGCUGACCGGGGAGCUGGAAGUGGUGCAGCAGGCGGUGAAGGAGAUGAACGACCCGAGCCAGCCCAACGAGGAGGGCAUCACCGCACUGCACAACGCCAUCUGCGGCGCCAACUACCCCAUCGUGGACUUCCUCAUCGCCGCGGGCGCCAACGUCAACUCCCCUGACAGCCACGGCUGGACACCGCUGCACUGCGCGGCGUCGUGCAACGACACGGCCAUCUGCACCGUGCUUGUGCAGCACGGCGCCGCAAUCUUCGCCACCACUCUCAGCGACGGCGCCACCGCCAUCGAGAAGUGCGACCCCUACCGGGAGGGCUACGCCGACUGCGCCACCUACCUGGCAGACGUGGAGCAGAGCAUGGGGCUGAUGCACAGUGGGGCGGUGUACGCUCUCUGGGACUACAGUGCCGAGUUCGGGGACGAGCUGUCCUUCCGUGAGGGCGAGUCUGUCACCAUCCUGCGGAGGGACGGGCCGGAGGAGACCGACUGGUGGUGGGCCACGCUGCAUGGCCAGGAGGGCUAUGUGCCGCGCAACUACUUCGGGCUCUUCCCCAGGGUGAAGCCUCAGAGGAAUAAAGUCUAGCAAGACAGAAGGAUGUUCUCCCAGGCGACGAGAGCAAGCUGGCCUGCCCUCGCCCCAGGCCUCCCACUCCACAUACUGCCGUGUUUACCGUGCCCCCAGCCCUGCAGGGGUGGCCGUGGGGCCCUGGCCACCAGUUCUCAGCUCUUCCAGAAGCCCGGGGAGGAAAACUUCAGCCUUAAGUCUAGGAAUCUGCCUUAUCCAUGGGAGGUCCGAGGGGCAAGGCUGGGAAUCUUGGGGGUAGGAGAGCCUCUGCAUUUGCCAAGGCAGAUCCCGUCCAAAGUGCCUCCUGCCCCAACUGCCAAUCACUCCUCGCUGUCUGCAAGCCAACCCGCCAUCCCAGCUGAGCCUGGGAUUUGUGACCCCACCAACUGACUUUCCUGGAGUCACCUCCGAUCCUGUGUCUCCCAGAAGCCCUGGGGUUCGGGGGGAGGCCUGUUGAUUUCUACCAGCAUCCUCCCCCCUCUCUCCCCAGUCAAGUGCCUUCACAGAGUGCUGGUUUUAUGUUUAUAACAUAAAUGGGGAACUUUUUCUUUAUAAAUAAAGGUAGUUUGCACAGAAAUCGA